AUGGUCAACACCAAAGCCUACUUCGACCUCGAGUGGGAGGGUCCCGUGCUCGAAAACGGCAAGGCGACGUCGACGGUCAAGGCCCAGAAGGGACGCGUCAACUUUACGCUCUACGACGACAUCGUGCCCAAGACUGUCGGCAACUUCAAGGCCCUCUGCACCGGCGAGAAGGGCUUCGGCUACAAGGGCUCCGGCUUCCACCGGGUCAUCCCCGAGUUCAUGCUCCAGGGCGGCGACUUCACCCGCGGCAACGGCACCGGCGGCAAGUCGAUAUACGGCGAAAAGUUUGAGGACGAGAACUUUAGCAAGAAGCACACCAAGCCCGGCCUGCUGUCCAUGGCCAACGCCGGCCCCAACACCAACGGCUCGCAAUUCUUCGUCACGACCGUCGUCACCUCGUGGCUCGACGGCAAGCACGUCGUCUUCGGCGAGGUGGCCGACGCCGAAUCCAUGAACGUCGUCAAGUCGGUCGAGGCCACGGGCUCGUCCUCGGGCGACAUCAAGUACAGCAAGCGCCCGACCAUUGUCGACUGCGGUGUGCUGUGA